AUGGCAAAGGCAGUGGUCCUGUUUCUCCGUGUUUGCGUGCAGCUGCUUGCCCUGCCAAUAUACCUGCUAUCAUUCCUAGGCAUAUGGGACCCAUUCUGUAAGAAGAUAUUCUUUCCCUUCUUCAUGGAGAAGUUAACUGCAAGUUACAACUGGAGGGUGUCAGGGCACAAACAAGAGCUGUUCUGCAACCUGCAGGAGUUUGCAGGCCCCUCGGGGGAACUGACUUUGCUGGAGAUUGGGACUGGCACUGGCGCCAACUUCCAAUUCUACCCACCUGGCUGCAAAAUUACCUGCACUGACAUAACCCUCAACUUCCAGCACGGUCUCUCCAAGAGCAUGGCACAGAAUCAGCACCUCCAGUUUCAGCCCUUCCUGGUGAUCCCAGGGGAGGACUUGAACCAAGUGGCUGACAGCUCUAUGGAUGCAGUGGUUUGCACCUUGGUCCUGUGCUCAGUGCAAAGCAUAGAGGGUGUCUUGAAAGAAGUUUUGAGAGUACUCAGAGCCGGUGGGGCAUUUUAUUUCUUAGAGCAUGUAGCUGCAGAUCCUACAAGCUGGAGCUAUUUUUGGCAGCAAGUCUACUAUCCAACUUGGAAACUUGUGUUUGAUGGAUGCUACCUCACAAGAGAGAUCUGGAAAAACCUUGAACAGGCCACGUUUUCAGAAAUAAAGUUACGGCACAUACAAGUCCCAUUAUACUGGACUCCAGUUCAGUCUCAUAUCAUCGGAUAUGCUAUAAAAUAA